UGGCCCUAAGCCUGCGCCCUGCCUCGCCGUGCACAGCAUCCCCAUCCUUGCUCCCUGAAAUCACCGAGUCCUAUUUAAAUCCCUUGUUCAACUCCUCUCCAGGUUCCCCUGGAAUCUGGACCACUGUUGGUCAAGUGACACAUUAGGCAUGUUAUCCCCCCAGAUUGAAGGCUCCUGGGGCAGACUGGCUGAAAUGUUGCCAUCUUCUCAUGAUCAGGCCUUUGUGACACUGACCACAAACGAUGCCUACGCCAAAGGAGCCUUGGUCCUGGGCUCGUCUCUGAAACAGCACAGGACCACCAGGAAGCUGGCCGUGCUUGCCACCCCGCAGGUCUCAGACUCCAUGAGAAAAGUUUUAGAGACAGUCUUUGAUGAAGUCAUCACAGUAGACGUCUUGGACAGUGGCGAUUCUGCUCAUCUAACCUUAAUGAAGAGGCCUGAGUUGGGCGUCACGUUGACUAAACUGCAUUGCUGGUCACUUACGCAGUAUUCAAAAUGUGUGUUCAUGGAUGCAGAUACUCUGGUCCUAGCAAAUAUUGAUGAUCUUUUCGAGAGAGAAGAAUUGUCGGCGGCACCAGACCCAGGGUGGCCUGACUGCUUCAAUUCUGGAGUCUUUGUUUAUCAGCCUUCAGUUGAAACGUACAAUCAGCUAUUGCACCUUGCUUCUGAGCAAGGCAGUUUUGAUGGUGGGGACCAGGGUUUACUGAACACAUUUUUUAGCAGCUGGGCAACAACAGAUAUCAGAAAACACCUGCCAUUUAUUUAUAACCUAAGCAGCAUUUCUAUAUACUCCUACCUCCCAGCAUUUAAAGCAUUUGGUGCAAAUGCCAAAGUUGUGCAUUUCCUGGGACGAAUCAAGCCAUGGAAUUAUACGUAUGAUCCUAAAACAAAAUGUGUCAAAAGUGAGUCUCAUGAUCCCACCAUGACUCAUCCAGAGUUUCUCAACCUGUGGUGGGACAUCUUCACCACCAGCAUUUUACCUCUGCUUCAACAAUUUGGCCUCGUCAAAGACACCCACUCAUACUUAAAUGUGGAAGGCGUCUCGGGAGCCAUAUCGCAUCUGUCCGUUGGGGAGACCCCGGCUGCGGCACAGCCUUUUGUGUCCUCAGAAGAACGGAAGGAGCGGUGGGAACAGGGCCAGGCUGAUUACAUGGGAGCAGAUUCCUUUGACAACAUCAAGAGGAAACUUGACACUUACCUCCAGUAGAAACACUGCCAUUCUCCCAUGGACACAUCCACUUCACGGGCACUUGUUUCUGAUACUUAGCAUCUAGAGCUGGGUUAGGAAAGGUCUGUUACAGUUGCUAGAAGCUUUGCUAAAAUUCAUCAGAUGAGGGGAUUUUGCAGGACAACAGGUGAGAACUGGGCAGAAGUCGCAAAGUAGCAGCAGCUCUGUUACGUGGACAGUGUUCUGCUUUUUAAUCCUAGGCUUAUUCAGCUCAUGUGUCGGAACUUCUUACUUUUGCUGAUGGCCAACAAAUGUGGUAAGGGAAACCCAGGCUAUUAAAACGGCUACAUUGCCGCCGAGAAACGUGCCAGUGCAGGCCCUGAAUCAGCCUCCCUCCGAUGGGACAGGGUAUCUCUCGCUUGCUUGCUUGUCGUACCUCUCACUAGACUUGCGUUUUAGAGUUGCUCAGAGACUGCCAGAGUGAUCGUGAUUCUGCUUUCAGGUAAAGACCGCCCGCGGCACUGCUGAGUGAUCCGUGAACCUCUCGACAGGUAGCGUUGGCCCAUUCUGUUUCCUAAUUGCAGUGUCUGAAACCGUUCACCAGUGUCCCAUGUGUACAGUAAGGCCGCAUGCUAACACGCUCUUGUUCGGUUCUGUGUAUCUGUAAACAGCAGUGUGUUCUCUGAUGGUCACCUGCCGGGGCACCUUGUAUGAAAAUAAAGACUUGUUGCCAUA